AUGGCCCCAAAACAAGAUGUUCUGAUGAUCGAGUCUACUGUCCAGGCCUCCGACACUGCACGCUGGGAGGCCGUGGCAGCGAAAUUCAACCUCAAUUUUAUCUAUUACGACUGCAAGUCGACCGACGAAUUCAAGGAGCGCCUGAAGCCCGGCGGGCCCUACAACAGGAUUGUCGCCAUUGUGCGGAAUGGCUGGCUGAAGGCUGGGCCGCUCGCCUACCAGGUGCCCUUUGCCAGCGAUGUCGUCCCGCACUACCCAGAGACGCUGAAGCUCAUCUGCUGCAGCGGCCAUGGCCACGACACAGCCGACAUCGAUGCCAUCACGGCCAGGGGCAUCUGGUACUGCAACACGCCCAACGCGUGCACCGAGGCGGUCGCCAACACCGCCCUCUCGCUGGUGCUCGACUCGUUCCGCUUCCUCACCUAUGCGCAGUGGUGCGCCAGGUUCGACUGGUUCAAGAGCCGCGAUCUGGGACUCGAGGCCGUGGACCCGACGCACAAGGUGUUGGGCGUCGUCGGCCUGGGCGACAUCGGUCUCGCGGUGGCGCGCAAGUGUGAGGCGGCCUUUGGCAUGACGGUGCAUUAUCAUGGCCCGCGGCGCAAACCCGAAGCAGAGCAGCUCUUCAAGCAGCCGGCGGUAUACCACUCCUCCGUUGAAGACAUGAUCCCGCAUGUGGACUGCAUCGUCCUGGCCGCACCGUACACGCCUGCCACCCACCAUAUGCUCUCUACGAAGCAGUUCUCCCUCGCCAAAAAGGGCGGGCUGCGGGUUGUGAACAUUGCGCGGGGCCAGAUGAUUGACGAGGACGCCUUGUUAGAAGCCCUGGAGAGCGGCAAGGUCGUCGGAGCCGGGUUGGACGUGCACGCCAACGAGCCAGGCGUCAAUCCGAAGCUCAAAGACAAUUGGCGCGUGGCCCUCUUGCCACACAUUGGGGUCUGCUCGGGGAGCAGCUGGGAGAACUUUGACAAGAUCAAUUUGGACAAUGUGGAAGCAUUCUUUGGCACGGGAAAGCCGGUGACGCCAGUCAACAACAUCAUUUAG